UGGAUGUGAAAUGUGCUAUAUAAAUAAAUGUACUUUGCCUUGCCUGUAUAUAUUUUCAAGUAGUAAUUUACUUAUCACCCUCUAGAGCUCCCAGAGCAAUAUGCCUGUAAAGAGGAGGAGGAUCUCGCCAGCAAGCAGAGGAACUCCAGUUUGGACCAGGAAGAGCCAGAGCCUCCACAGAUUAAAGAGGAGCAGGAGGAACUAGCACUGAAGCAGGAGGCUGAUGCCUUCAUGUUGACUCCUACUUAUGAUGGAAAUGACCACAGUGAAGAUCAGACUCUGAACUUUAUUCCUGAUGACACUGUAAGUACAGCAGAGUCUGUAGUCAACAUACCAGUUAUAACCUACGUAAUACCAGAACCAAAUAGGGACCACCAGCUCGUCUCUCACAACUCUCAUGUAGCUGAGAGCCAAAAUCAGAAAGAAGGCGAGCGUGGAGACUGGGGAUCAGCUGGAAAUGCAGAGCUUCCUCCAAAGCAAAGACGCUAUGAAAGUGAUAGUCACACUAACAAUGUAUACAACUCUACUGUGUUAAAUGUUUACCGUAAUACUCAGACAGGGGAAAAGUCUUUUAAAUGCGACACUUGUGGGAAAACUUUCAAGUUUAGGUCCCAGUUGUUUAUACACCUGAGAAUCCACACGGGCGUUAAGCCCUUUUCUUGUAAAACAUGUGGAAAAGAAUUCCGAUAUAAUAGUCACUUGAUUGUCCACAUGACAACACACACAGGCGAGAAGCCGUAUUCUUGCAAAAUAUGUGGAAAAGAGUUCAGGCACAAUAGUCGUUUGAUAGUCCACAUGAGAAUCCACACAGGCGAGAAGCCGUACCUUUGCAAGACCUGCGGCAACAGAUUCUGUGAGCUGUCAGUGUUGAAACGGCACAUGAGAAUCCACACAGGUGAGAAGCCGUAUUCGUGUAAAACAUGUGGGAGAGCUUUCAGGCGUAAUGGUGACUUGAAAGUCCACAUGAGAACUCACACAGGUGAGAGGCCGUACCUUUGCAAGACCUGCGGGAAAAGAUUCAGUGAGAUGUCUGCAUUGAAAAAGCACAUGAGGAUUCACACAGGUGAGAAGCCGUAUACUUGUGAAACCUGUGGCAAAGAUUUCAGAAUUAGCAGUAACUUGACAGUCCACAUGAAAAGAGCCCACAGGUGAGAGACUGAAUCACUGCAGCACACAGGUUCCAGUUGUAGUCACAACCAAACAGGUGAGCUGUGAAGUUGGAAAAUAUGUGAAAAAGAUUAGUGUUUUGUUGAUCACAUGAAAAGACUGGCGAGAAACUAUAUUCUUGCAGAACUUUGUUUUUUCACCUUCAUAUGACUGUAUCGUUUCUAUUUCUGUUUGCAACAUUGGAACAAUCAUAAUCUCUCAAAUCAAGGAAAAUGUAAAUUUCACACUGAGUA